AUAUUAUAGUAGUAGUAGUUAUUUUGUAAUCUUGCUAUAAAUAGCCAUGCUUCUCACCACAAUAUAUCACUACCUCCAUCCAAACCAAUUACAAACUCAACCAGAUAUGGAAACCACAGCCGCGGUUGCCGCCACCGGAACCACCAUUGACGGCGGAGCUACGCUUCACUCCGUCGAAGUGAAGCCACUACAGCUCAUCCUCAACCGUGCAUUUGCACUUAUUUACCUUUUUGCCAUCCUAGCUCUUUUCUAUAAACACACACUCAAUAUCCUUAAUUACACUUCAUUUAUCAACUUAUCCAUAUCAGUUUCCAUUUUAAUUUCCGAUUUAAUUUUAGCUUUCAUGUGGUCAACUACUCAAUCGUUUCUUAUGUGUCCCAUCACACGUAAACAAUGUCCCGAAAAAAUAAAAAAGUAUAGUAACAAUAAUUUACCAGCACUCGAUAUAUUUAUUUGCACAGCGGAUCCUUGUAAGGAACCUCCAUUAAACGUUGUUAACACAGCGUUAUCAAUUAUGGCGUAUGAUUAUUAUCCUAUCGAAAAACUUUCAGUUUAUGUA